AGUUAUUGACAUUUGACAUGUGAUUGACAUUUCAGAUUAUUUUCUGUUUGUUAUUGUGAAAUAGUUCGUAAUAGUUUAAGUAUUUUACAAUAACAUCGAAAUGGAAACUCAAAAAAAAAGGCCUUUAAAAAAACCGACUAAAAUCGAAGAACUGACAAAAGAGCAAGUACGCCAGGCGAUCCUUAAGAAACGGGAAUGUAACAAAAGAGCUCAGUCAAUUGUUGAAAGUCUCUUAGAAAAAUGUGUAACAGAGGAGUUUUUCCUUAAGUGUUUAUCUGACAUCAAUCAAACUCACUUCGAAGAUGUGAUUGAAGAAAGAUCCAUAUUGCAUUUAUGUGGCUACCCGUUGUGUCAAAGAACUCUGUCUGAGAAGGACAUACCGAAGCAAAAGUAUCGAAUAUCUAUGAAAACUAACAAGGUAUAUGAUAUUACAGCACGAAAAAGUUUUUGUAGUAAUAUUUGUUAUAAGUCUGCAAUGCACAUUAAGAAACAAAUGUUAACUAGUCCCCUAUGGUUUAGAGACUACGAAGAUAUACCAAAGUUUUAUCUUCUUCCUUUAGACUCAGCGGGUGUUUUAGGACAAGAAAUAGAUUUAAGCUUAACGGAGAAAAUUGACUUGAAAUCUGAAUCUCAAAACUUUACAUCAAUUAAAGAUAUCUCAAAAGCAACCCUUUGUGAUAUACAGACAUACCACAAUAAAAUUAAAUCAGAAAGAUUAGAUACUGUAAAUAAUAUUAUUAACAACAAUGUUGAAAAUAAUAGCAAUCAAAAUAAAGAAAAUACGGAUGACAAAAUCAAUGUUAGCCAAAAUACACAUAAAAUGGAAUCUUCUAGAAAACCUGUUCCAAAUCCAUUAAACAUAGUGGGUGAAGUAAUAGAAAAACCUGAAAGAAAAAUUGAUCCCAUACUAUUAAAUACACCUGCGAAUGAAUCCACUUGUACUAAUGAAAACUUAAACAAAAUACCUCACAAACAAUUACCACAGAAGAAACAACCUUGUAUGGCAUCUGUCAUCAUCGAAGUUGAGAAGUGUUUGGCUGAGUGGUUCACAAUAGACACACUACUCUUUCUCUUUGGUGAAGAAAAAGUAAAAGAAAUGGUAGCAGAUAAGGGGCAAUGUAUUAAAGAAUACUUAAACAACUACGCAAAGAGCAUAUUUUAUAACUCAAAUACGUAUGAUCAGUAUCAGGCUUUGUGUCGUAAGCUUAAUAUGUUAGAAUUAGAAGACAGGCAGUAUGAUGCUCAAACAUUGGCUAGAGAAACAAAACCAUUACCAGAUUACUCAACUCUAAAAGAGGAAAGUAAAAGAAUGCAGCUAAAAGUGAAAGCAUUUUUUGCUGGUGAGACUGAAAUUCCAGAACUUCAGUAUGUGGAACAGGAGACGUCUAAUGGAGACGAGAAUACAACACAUUUGCCAUUAGUAGAUAAAAAUGCACAGAAUGCCUUACGUAGAAGAAUAGUUUGCCAACAUUUAAAUAAAGUUUUACCAGACUUGCUUAAAUCACUACGACUGCUUACAUUAACAAUUAGUUCUGAUAUACAGUUGCUCGUCAAUACAUUCAAAUUGAAAGCUAAUAACAUAAUGUUUAAACCAAUACAGUGGACAUUGAUUGCUAUUAUUUUAAUUAGGUUAUUGUCUAUUAGAGAUAAGAGAUUAGAGAAUUUAUUAGAGCAACCAACUGCAUUCCAACAUUUGCAAUUGUUACUAUUGAGUUAUAAACAAGAUGGUGGCUACUUAGAUAGACUAAUUUUAUGGCUUACAGACAUUGAUAGACUUUUAAAUGUUAAUGAUACCCAACUUACCAUUGAGUAAUAUUUUUUAAGUAACUUAAUAUGUAUAUUUAAAUAAAAUUAUUUCUGUAAAAUAUAA